CCAGUCAGAGAGUAAGGAAGUACAACAGCUGAAAACACUGCGCAGCAGUUAGCUCUGAAAACAACCACCAGAAGCUUCUGCAUCAUGACUUCUGAAAUAAGUGGACAAACUCCAACAGUGAAAACUGAGGAGGCAGCCGCUACUGUUCCUGACUCAGCUGCAGUCAAAGGAGGCUGGAAGUGCCCCUUGAGUGAUGCUCAUGUCCACAGAGAAGAUGUGAAAAGGGUUUGGAAAGAGUGCCAGGAGGAAAGCUUCUGGUACAGAGCUCUUCCCCUCUCACUGGGCAGCAUGGCUGCCACCGGGGGUCUCAUCUACAAUGGUAUCUGGAAGUCAUCAAAGAGAUUUGGACCCUUUCCAAAACUAGCAGUUGCUGGGAUCCUCGGGUUUGCAGUGGGAAAAGCUUCCUAUGUUGGAACUUGCCGAAGCAAGUUUCAGGAGCUGGGUAUUAAAGAUGGACCAGGAUUUGGACCCUGGUCAAAGAAAGGUCACCUUGAUCAUGUACACAGACACUGCCAUCAUGUAUGUGAAGAAUGUAAGAAAAAAGCUCCAGCAGUGCCGACAGAGCAAGCAUGAAGCUCAACAUCACUGUGAAUGCAGGAAGGAGAAAUUGUCUGCAUAGAUCCGUCAGUUUCUACAUUGUCAUUUAUCAAAACCCCAUAAACACUGCUUAAAACUUU